UGCAGUCGUUUGCAGCAUGCUAUCUGGGUGACCCCACAGUUGGCCCGGCCCCGUUUUUCCGCCUGGGCUGCGGUUCCCCGGCGACACCCCGACCCAGUUCGCCGAAGCUCUUCCAUCACAGCCCCCGCCGGCAUCGGGUGGCCCAGCACCAGGCAUGCUGGCUUCUGAGGUUGUGAGGCUCAACGUCGGAGGCGCCCAUUUCGAGACACUGCGUUCGACCCUCAGCAGCCCCCAGGCAGCCCAGUCCCGCUUCGAGACGAUGCUCGAUGGCACCCAGGCCUGGGCCCGACAAACCAUCGACGGAGCAUAUUUUAUUGACCGGGACCCCAGACACUUUCGGCACAUCCUGAACUACCUGCGCGCCACAUUCCAACCCGGCAGCAUUGCGGGCCGACAGUCAUUGCUGGAACUUAAACAAGAAGCCGAGUGGUUCGGCUUGCUUCCGAUGGCGCAAGAAAUCGAUCAGGUGCUAUUUGGUUUGGAGGCAGAGUAGCCGAGGGAUGGUACAGGCGGCGACAAAUGCGCUGGUAGACUCGGCACAGCCGAUUGACUGCCAUAAAUAUGAUGUUCGGAGCGGGGCCAGACCAUGGAACUUGGUACACAGACGCGCGAAUAGAGCGCCGAUUACACUUGCAUCUACGACUCUCGGUGUCGCCGGGCUCGCCGGGCAGCGCUCUGAUGCUCGCGAAUGAGCUUGACGUUGGUCGGGGCGUU